AUGGAACAAAAAAGAUUAUUUGAAUUAAUGUAUAAAAUUAAAAAUGAUGGAAGUGAAAAAACAUCAAUUGGUGAAUUAAAUAUAACACUACAUCCAAAUGUUGGCGUUGGCUCUGGUUUAAUCUCUUUAUCAGUUUCAAAAUUUGCAAAAGCAACUGUAACCGGUGUUGAUAUUAAUCCAAAUGCUGUUAAUAUUACAUUUCCAAAUUUUAAAAACAACAAUAAUGAAAUUCCAUUUGGUGGUAUUCAUAAAAAGAAAACACUUAAUGGUUAUGUUUUAUUAAGACGUUAUGUUGAAGAAUCAAAAGAUUUCUUAACUCCAGAUGGUUCAUUAUUAUUGGGUACUUGUAAUUUUGCAAAUAUUGAUUCAAUUAAAAAAAUUGCAAAUGAUUUAGAUUAUGAUAUUAUUGUUUAA